GAUCUAAUUGAAAACAACAAUAUUAUUCGCUUAUAUGUCUUGUUCUAAUAAUAAAAAUGGCAAGAUUUAAAGAUUUGAUCAGAUAUUGUUUAGUUUAUGUAGACGUUGGAAGUUGCCAACUGUCGAAUCAACAAUGAGUUUUCGUGAUUCUUCCACACUGUUAACAUUUUUGUGAUUUCAUCCGAUAUAAAUAGGUCUUACUUGUUGGGGUUAUUUUCAAUUCGUCGCAUUAUAUUUAUUGUGAAGACAUCAUCGGAUCUAUGGCAUUAGGAGCCGACAGGUCAUCAGACACUAAUCGAUUCCACAAGGUUAGAAGAUGUAUCCCAAUCAUUAUCUCUUGAUAGUAGUAGUAAUAUUAGUAUUUCAAGUGAAACAAAAGCCAGUCAAUCAUCAGAAACAAAUACUUUAGAGUUAAGGAUUUGUGUUAUCGUUAAACGUCAUUUAUACUUUUGGAGAUGGGAGCCGAAAUCACGUGAAUUUAUAUUACCUGGUGGUGCAAAUGAUUCAAUCACUCCAUUAUGGCCAAGUGAAUUAACUCUUCCCGAAGUGAUACGAUCAAUUACAUUUUGUGGAUUAUCAAAACUUAUUGCAGGUCAUAGAGGUGAAUAUCUACUAAUCAAUAUUAUUAAUGGAGAGAUUCAGUUUAUUUCAACCCCUGGUAAAAAUCAACUGCCAAUAGUUACCUCACUACCUCAUUGUCUACACAUGUCGUCGACACACUUGGACGAGACACCACACACCAUUAAUAAUCAUCAUAAAUCAUGGCUAUCACAUAAAAAUAAUAAUAACAAUAAUAAUAAUAAUGCUCAUAAUUACUAUUUCAACAAUACAACAUUACGUGGUAAUUCAAGCUCAUUUAUUAUUCAUCCUGAUGCUUCGCUUGAAACAAGUGGGAUUGUAAAUAAAAGCGAUACUAAUAAUAAUGAUAAUAAUAAUAAUAAUUGUGUGAAUAAUAAUCACAAGUAUUCAUAUUACCAGCCUUUGUUGCCUGGUGCACAGACAUUUCUAGGCAUUGAACAAGAUGAUGCAUUGGUUGUCAUCUCACCUUAUCAUGAAUUGAAGUCUGUAUAUCAAAUGAAAUGGUCAAGUGCACCAUAUCAAAUUCAUGUUUAUCCACCUUACAUAAUUGGAACUAUGCAUGAUAUGCUUGAAAUACGUGUACUUUAUCCAAAUCAAAAGAUGAUCCAACAACUGUCAAUACCUCGUGUUACAGCAAUGUGUCAUUCUGGUGGUUGGUUUUAUGCAAGUACAGCUCCAGCCUCGGUGAAUACAUCGCUUUCUCCCGCUUCUUCAGCUGCUGUUACUACUAAUAAUACUGACUAUUCAUCUUCGCGUCAGUCAAAUAAAGAGAGUUCUGUUGGCCGAAAUAAACCUCACUCUACUGGUAGUAGUGGCAAUGAAAUUUGGCUUAUUCUCUCGGCGAAUCGAUUAAAGUUUAUCCAAGAUUUAGUAAAACAAAAGGAAUAUGAAUUAGCUAUAUGUUUAGCUAGAACAGGAUUAUACGCAGGUCAGAAUGCUGUGGAAACAUUACAAAUAACCACCUUAUACGCCAUACAUUUAUACCAUGAAAUGAAAUUCCCUGAAGCUUUGAAUUUAUUCACUGACUUGUUAAUUAAUCCUAAACAUGUACUUACUCUGUUCCCUGGUAUUCUGUCUGAACAACAAUUAAAACAACAACACGAAGGACAAAUAACAGAUUAUCCGUGUGAAAUUUCGAUUAUGAAUUCUUCUCAAAUGACUGAUGCCUUUGAACCACUCAUCACCUAUCUGUUGACAUGGCGACGUCUAUUAAAACAACAAUUGACCAAAACAUCCUUGAAACAAUCAAAACUAUUGAACAAUAUAAGAGAAGCAGGAGGCGAAGGAGAAGACUCGUCCCAGUUAUCAUUAUGUAGCAGAAGUGGUCAACAACAACACCAUGCGAAGGAGUAUAAUAAUAAUAUAAUUGAAUUUCUCUGUUAUUCUAUGAAAGAUGUUACUAAAUUGAUUCUACCAUGUAUAGAAUUGCUGGAAUUAAUUGAUACAAGUCUGUUAAAGUGUUAUCUGUCGACGAAUACAGCUCGUGUUGCCCCGUUACUACGUCAAGAAAAUGUAUGUAUUCUUGAAGAAUCUGUGAAAAGUCUAUUGGAGCAUAAACGUUAUCAAGAAUUAGUAAUGUUGUAUCAGUCGCGUGGAUUACAUCGUGAAGCACUGUCUAUACUACAACAAUUCAGUGCUGCAUGUAUGAAACAUCAUCGUGGUGGUGUUGGUGGUGGACUGAUGGUGACAACAACAACAACUACCAACGACGCAUCAUCACAACCACAAAAUAUGAUUACUUUCGAUGAUAAACUGCAUAAAUCUGGAUUAAUUAAACAACUUGGUCAUCCAAAACGUAUAAUUCAUUAUUUUCUACAAUACUUGAACGCUAGUCACAUUGACCUGCUUAUUGAUUAUACAAAAUGGCAUAUGCUGCAUUAUCCAACUAGUUGGAUGCGUAUUUUAUCCAACUGGCAGGCGAAAUUAACAGUGAAAUAUCAAAGUCAGUUUUCAGGUAGUAAUACAGCAUCACCACCAAUUGAUGCAGUUAAACGAGAUGAAUUUAUAGCCUUCUGUUCAAAUUAUCGCAAUCAAAUCUUACAAUAUAUGGAACAAUAUGCACCGCAUUUGAUUAUUCCCUAUCUAGAAUUGAUUAUAUUUGUACAUUGGAAUAACCGACACAUUGGCGAUGAUGACGAAGACGACGACGAUGAUGAGGAGGCGGAGGAGGAGGAAGUGGGCGAUGAAGAUGACGAUGUUGAGGAUGAUGUCGUAGAAGACGAAAACAUUGGCAACAAUGACAGUGGUGGUGGUGUUCUUGAUAGUAGCAGAGAUGACGAUAGUCAUGAAAGGCUUGAAUCAAGUGAACAAGGAGGCGAUAACAGUUGUAUCAUGAACAGCAAUGAUGAUAGUAUAGAGAAUAAAAUCAAUAAUGGUGAUGCCGCUGGUAAUGAUGAUGAUGUUGAGAAAUUAUUACUCCAACAGAAAUCGAAGCCUAUUUCAAUUGUUCAACAAUCGGAACAUGUACCAGUGGGGAAACACAGUGGAUCGAAAAAAAAUAUUAUUGAACAUACUUCAAAUAAGUCUAGUCCUGCGAGUAAUAUUGUCUUAGGCUGUUGUAGAGUGGCUAGUUUAUCACAACUGUCAUGUAAUUCUAUGGAUUCAACACAAUCUGGAUAUAUGUCUCCUGGUAAGCGUUCAAGCGCGUUUAAAGAGAUUAUAUCCAGCUCUCUAUGGCCAUUACCUUGUGUAAAACGGUCUAAACAACGACGUUUAACUACUUCGACAAUGAAUAGUUUAUCAAAAGUGGAUAAUAAUUCUACUGUCGUCAACACGAAUGAUUUGGAUGCGUUGCCGUCUAUACCAAAUUAUCCGGCUUAUAUGGAUGUAUGCGAUAUACACACGCGUUAUGCAAUAGCAUUAAUUCGUAGAGCACAAUCAUUACAACCGGCUAAUAAAUCAUUUGCAUUUAAAGUUAAUGAAGAACAACCUAAGUUGGGUAGUGUAGCACGAUUACGUCUACGCUUAUUACGCUUCCUUAUGCAUCCUGGUACACAGUAUUCUUCAGCUCGAUUAUUAGAUAAAUGUCCGUAUGAUGCGUUUUUUGAAGAACGUGCAUUAUUAUUGGCUAACCUGAAUAGACAUGAACAGGCACUUUCAUUAUGGGUUCAUUUGUUAGACGAUUGGAGCAGAGCAAUAAAUCAUUGUAUAAAUGUUUAUCAAAGAAGUGAAUUAUCUUCAACAAUUUGUAAAAAUAAUAAUCAUAAUAAUAAUAGCAACAAUAAUGACAAUGAUACAAAGCGUGAUGGUGGCUCUGGCGUUGCCGUUGUCGGUGGUGUUGGUGUAGGUGAUCCUGUUAACACAGAUUAUCCUAACAAUUCUCAUUAUUCUCUUCAUGGUGGUGCAAUCAACUCUGGUGAUAAACAUUCAAAUUCAUCCUCUUCAUUAAAUCGUCAUAAUUCUUUAAAUUCCCUUGAUAAUUCAUCGUUAUUAGAUUUAAACAACAACAAUACUACUACCACUACAAAUCAUGAAACAUUGAACAAUUGUAGCCAUAACACUGAUUAUCCCCUCUGUGAUUAUUGUAAUAAUUCAAAUAUCUUUUUCCUGUUGAUACAAAUAUGUCUUCAACCGACAGAACCAACAUCUUUAGGCAUUGUUCUACCAUCUUCUGUUAAAUUCACUCCAAAGCUCAACAAGGCCCUUGAAAUCUUACAUCAAUUCAGUACAUUUAUUGAUCCUGUCAAAGUGAUACGCAUAAUGCCUACAGUCACAUUAAACUCUGUAGGAGAUUAUUUGAAGAGUAUGUUUAUCAGUCAAGAAAGUACCCUAACUCAACUAGUAUUUCUUCAAAAUGCCUCGAAAGCUGAAUUAAUUGCAUCAUGUACAGAUCGAAUAAAGUCUACGCGUGAGCAUUUAUCAAUUCUACCGUCAACACGUUGUCAUACCUGUCGACGACGUAUUGGUAAUAGUGCUUUUGUUAAACAACCAGGAAAUACCAACCACCACGGGGAAUUAUUAGAACAUUAUGGAUGUUGUAAAGAUUUGACUUUUAAAAACACUUAG